AUGCUAACCGGUUUUGUUUCUGAAUUUUGCCCGAGGAUCAUUUCUGUACCACUUGAAAAAAUCAAAUAUGAUAUUAGUACGCUUAUCACCAUUGAUUGCAUAAAAUGCAAAUUAAAGAAGGAGCUUGAUGGAAAGGAGUCACUGAUAUCAUCUGAGACAAAUGAGAGUGAUGAAUUAUCACCAUUUUUAGGUACCUCAUUGAAUGACACAUCACUACAGCCGUUAUCAUUGCAAAAUACAAUUGUUUCUAAUUCUGGGAUUGAUGUAUGCGAACCUUUACCGAUGAGAUGUCAGGAAGAUAUAUGGUUUAUUGCCAAAGAACAGACUAAUUCGGGAAGUUCUGAUUUCUUCGAAGAAACGGUCACAGCAAGUUCAGUAAGGGAAUGUGCUGAAAAAUGCUUUGAUAAAUGUUGCAAGAUUGCCGUCUAUUCAACCAUUGAAAAAAAAUGUCAAUUGACAAGGGAAAGUAAAAGUAAAAGUAGUGACAACUGUGAGACGAUGCCUUUCUCCUACGUCAAUCAAUACAAUGGAUCUGAUUGGAUCAAAAUAACAUGUGUAGCGUGUGGUUCGUCUUUAUUAAGAAACGAGCAGCGUGUACUAAGAACGCUUGCGGAAGAUUCUUCGGAUACAGAAAAGUCAAUACGGUUUAAAGAAGAAGGCAAAAGUGAGAAAAUAGAAAAAGUACCAGAAUCGGCGGAAGUAUCGCAGUCCAAUAACCCCGACCAACCUAUAACAACUUCAGCAGUUGAUACAGUUGGUUCAUCGCAAAAUAAACGACACUUUAAACUUGAUCCUCAAUUCAUGAAAAUGACUUGCGUCGUUGUGUUUGAAGUUGAUCCGGAAGCCAAUAUAGCUAAUUUCAAAGCUCAAGAUAGUGUGAAAGCUGACAGAAUUUUGAAAUUAAUAGAGCAAAAUGAAAGUUCAGAGCUGACCAUUGUGCGUAUCUCUGCUACCGAGAUGCCUGUAGCGGAGCCAUCUUCACGCCAGCAACUGCUCCGGGUAGCAAAGGUACCUGUGAAAGACAAUUUGGUAUUGCGGACAAUUCCCGAGAAACCGCAAACGAAAUCAUCACUUGAAUCAAUUACAACACAACCGAAAACAUCGCUUAUCACAUCGAAGAAGCAUUUGUCUGAAACAACCGCUAAAACAAAUGAGCAGUUGAUGAAAAUCACAUUGGUUCCUGACGUAAAAUUGAAUACAGCUGAAAUGGAAUCGAAAGAAAUAGAAAAGGAUGUUGGAACUACCACAUUUAUUGCCACCAAUGGAAAUAUGGAAAUAAGUGAUGGUGUGAAGGCAAGUAAGGACGAAGCAGAAGAUACUGUUCCGGUUGAGGCUACCCAAACAACACCUGAAACAUUUGUUGAAACUGGAUCCAGAUCCAGUGAGCAAACGGGAGCAUUCACUGAAAAUGUUAUAGUUGCAUCAGAUGCUGAGAUCGAUGCAUCUGCAACAGCAAUUUCGGCUAUAACUGGAAACACGAAAAUAACGACGACCAGCAAAUCAAUGAUCGGUUCAUCGAUCAGUGAUAUGGCAUUUGAGAGUAACUCAAGAACUGAAUCUGGAAUGGAAAUAUCUGGAUCCAUGUCAUCUAACGGUCCAGUUGUUAAGGAUGAAACAGAACCUACUCGAGAAUCUGAAAUAAUACAUGCAACAGUACCAAAAAUUCUAUUCGCACAUGAAUCCAAUAUAGAUAAUGAAGAAUUAAAUUCUUUGCACAAGUCAACAGCAGAAGCAAAUGCAUUGCCAUCUGGAAGUGAAUCUAAAAUGGAAUUUGAUAGAGCCGAACCGGAAGCGGUAAGUAGCACACAUGGAGAAACAAUUACAACAUCUGUGACAGGAACUGUUGAAGAAGAGGAAAACAAAGCAGAACAAAGCAGUACAAUAAUAUCAAGUUCUACAAAUGCAGGGAUUACUGAUUCAGAAGCAAUAGAUGAUAGAAACAGAAUGGAAGCAAAAACAAGCAAAAAGCAGGAUGUAUUUGAAGAUCAAGCCAACGCAGUUCAUAUUAGUGGAAUCACAACGGCAACACUAUCAAAUUCUGAAGGACAAUCCGCUGCUUCAAACAACUCAACAGCUACUUUCCCCAAACAAAAGAGCAAAAAUAAUCUCUUAUCAUCGAAAAAUGUCAAUGAAGAAUCCGAAGCAUAUCUGCGAGGAUGUAUCGUAACUUUCCAAGCGGAUCCACACAAUAAACGUCCUGCAGAAUCUUCCACGGGUUUCCAAUCCUCAACAAUUGCUCAAACUGCAGAAGUUUGUGCUGGACGAUGUUAUCAGGAUGGUUGCACUGGUGCCAGAUAUGAUCCGUCCAGCAAAGAAUGUGUCCUAGGCUACAGCGGCAAACAGAUUUGCAGCAACGGACCAUUGCACUUUUUCUAUGAAGCUAAUGAAACCAUUUGGAUUCACUGCACCGGAUGUAAAUUACACAAGCCAGGAGAUAAAGGUUUUAAUAUAAAGAUCCAUUCACCCAAAGCAAAAGUGGGAAACGAAACUGGCGUUAGUGAUACUGUAAUUACAUCACUUUCUACAGAAGCACAGGAAGUGAAGUCAACCAAACCGGAUGAAAUUUUGACGAUUAAAUCAGAAGUGACGCCAAAAGUUGAAGAAAAUACGGAGCAUAUAAUAGAAGGAAUAAAUACCGAAACUGAAACUUUAACAUCACCAUCAUCAGUAGAAGGAAUUUCAACAGAGGCAGUAAAAGUUUCAAUAACAGGAGAAGAAGUAACUGUUGCAAGUACUACGGAGAAGAAGGCGGAAAUUUCGGAACAGAAGAUAAGCAGUGAAACCGGUUCGAUAUCAACUACUGAUGAAAGAAUGGAGCAAUCAAUGAAUUGCACUCUUUUAUUUCAAGUUAGGUCUAUUGAUACUCAUUUCAAAGAGCCUAUCACCGAAUUUAUUCCAACAGAUGCAACAUCUACAGUAAAGGAUUGCGUUAAACAUUGUUAUAUGAAUGGAUGCGUUGGUGCAAAAUUUGAUCCGACAAAGAGGGAGUGCUUAUUAACAUUUGGAGAUCAUCAUCAGUGUGACGAAAAUGAACAGCAACAUCAUUCAUUGGAAACUACCGAACCAAUAUGGAUUCACUGCAUCAGCUGCAAAAAAGAAUUGACUGAGAGCACUUUAGGCUUAUUGGCUCAAGAUGCAACCACUUCACCAGUGACAGUCGAGAAAUUAAAAAAAGAAGAGCACUCGGCAACUGACGAGAAUUCUUCAACUUUGGAACCUAUAGAAAUUGAAGAAAAGUUUUCGACGAGUAUAAGUCAGGGUAUGGGAUUGGAAUCGGUAAAGAAGGCUGAAUCACAAUUUUCAAAUGAUUCAGAUGAAAUCGAUAGCAAAUCAGUUGAUAUAGUAUCUGAAUCGUCGGUAGGCGUAAGCGAGAAUGAAAAAAUAUCUUUUGUAACAUCGUCAUCUUUUGGAACUGAGAGUGUAUCGCAAACAGAAACCAUAAAACAAGAAAUUAAAAGUAAAGAAUUUGAUGAAGAAUUCGGUACCUCUCCUACUGCUGUAGCUGUUGAAGAAGAGACUUCAAGAUCAUCUACAUCACAAUCAUCAAUGGAGUCAUUGGAGAUUAAAACAACUUCAACCGCAUCUGGUAGUGUAGAAGAUUCUAUCGGAACAAGCGGUAGUGACGAAUUAGAUACUACAGUUCAACCUGAUGUUUUCACUUCAUUGAUUUUACAGACACCACUAAGCACUCCCACUGACAAUUCGGAACUCUCAAACACUAAUGAAGAUAUUUCUGGCAGUAGUAGAGCUUCUGUGAUUGACGAAUCAACUCAAACAAGCAAGAUUGAAUCUGGCGAACAGAAAGAUCAAAAGGACGGCACUGAAUUUCAAGAGGAAGCUGAACCAACAAUGAUUUCAUCAGAUAAUACUGUUAUACCAUCAUCUGCUGAUGAGGUAACAGAUGAUAUCGCUGAAAUUGUAUCCGACAUUGUUGCAAACAUCUCAAGUAAUAUCCUGGAAACUAAUAUAAAAGAAACAACCGAUAUGCCAGAAGGGUCGCAUACAGAAAGUCAUGAGACUGUCUUAUCUCUUGCACCUGAGACUGCAAUCGUAAAAUCAGACGAUAAAGCAAUGCAGGAAACACCUCAUACAGCCGCUACUCCAUCAAUUACAGAAGAAACUGAGUCAGUGGAAUUAGACACUGAAGUAACGUCUGAGAAAAUAAGAAUAUCCGAUGAAACAGCUGAUGAAGUAAUUAACGAAAUAACUGCUAUCGCAAAAGAAAUAAGCACAGCAGAAGAAACAAGCACAGUCAGGAGCAGUGACGAAAAUGGCGAAGAAACAUCCGGACUUGUGGGGAAGGUAGUUGAUGAAACUUUGUCCUCCAUAUCAGUUCCAGAUUCAAUAACUGAGCAGUCAUUUGCACAAGCAGACGUCGAUGAUAUCAUCAGAAAGGUUGCUCAAUCAAAAGACAUUUUGGUAACUGAUAUUGAGCCAUCGGUGGCAGAUACAACGGUUGAGGAAGAAGAAGCAAUUAAGAAACUGAAAGAAGAAGAUGAAAGUAUGGCUGAAGUAGACAAGAGCACAUUAUCGAAUACCGCCAGUACGUUAAUAGAUGGAGAUGAACAUGUGACAACAGAACCACCUGUGCAAGCGGUCUCAGAUUUAAUCAGUGUUUUAAGUCAAAAUUCGAAAAUUGAAGAAGUGAUUAAACGCAGGGAAAAUGAAAAUGAUGCGUUUGUCGUUGAUGAUAUGCCCAUAACAAAGAAUGCAGAUUAUCAAACGGUGACUGGUAUUGUAAUCAAUCAGCUCCAGGAAAGCUUCACCAAAAAUUCGCUUCAGAAUAUCGCUAAGAUAAAACAUUCUGAGGGAGCAAUUAAUGAAUGCCUCGGCCGAAUUGAAUUCGAAAUAUUGGAAGUGGAAGAUCUUUCACAGCUAAAUGUCACCAGUGAAAUUAUCAUCGAAUCACCAGCUGCAUGCGCGACAAAAUGCUACAACACGGCAAACUGUGUUCUGGCAGUAUAUAAACCAAGCCAGAAUGAUGAAUCAGCAAAUGCAGUAUGCAUGCUAACAAGUAAUCCUGCUGUUUGCACAACACAGGAGAAAUCCAUACCGCAACACAAAGCCGAUCUGUCACCAUUUAUUAUCAGUUGCUUGAAAUGCACCAAAUGCAAUUAUACCAUUGGCACAGUGACGGAGCUAACGAGGAUAAAUCAGGCCGAAAUAGUUGAGCCAGCACUUUCCAUUGGACAGUGCGGUGAGAUAUGUUGGAAACAUAACUGUACUGUUGCUCAGUACGACCAUAGAUCCAAUCUCUGUUCAUUGACAUCAGUGAAAGGUCAAAAAGAUUGUCCUCACGAGACGCCAAUAGUAGUAAACGGUGAUGAACCGGUAUUGCUAGAGUGUGUUCGGUGUUUCGCAUAG